AUGACAAUUGAUACAAUUUCCGCCGGAAAUGCAGGCGACAUCCCUCCUGUACCGCUCGAGACGAGCGUGGAGAUACCGAAUCCACCAGUGCUUUCUCCUGAAGAUGUUGUUAUUGCGGUCAUGGGUGUUACUGGUGCUGGAAAAAGCACAUUUAUAUCCCUUUUCGCGGAUGACGCCCAGAUCGGACACGGGCUCCAGUCCUGCACCUCUAACGUCAGCAUCCACGCUGCUACCAUCAAUGGUCAGAAGUGUCAGUUGGUUGACACCCCCGGCUUCGAUGAUACCAACAGGCCCGACGCAGAAAUUCUCCGCGAAGUUGCCAACUGGCUGAAUAUCUCGCAUGAGAACCAAGUUCAGCUAGCUGGCAUUAUCUAUCUUCACCGGAUCUCGGACAACCGUCUAGGCGGAGCGGCCAUGAAGAACCUGCGGAUGUUCAAGAGACUGUGCGGCAAUGACAGCCUACAGUGUGUCGUACUUGCUACGACCAUGUGGAACAAAUCGAAUGUCUCCCUAGACGAGCAACGUGAGAGAGAGCUCUUGGAAAAGCCAGAUUUCUGGGGCAAAAUGGUGAAAGAGGGGAGCCAGGUCUUCCGGCACGACAACGGUAAAGAAUCCGCAACGGCCAUCAUAGAAUGCAUCAUCGGGAAAGGGCACCGCGUCACUCUAGACAUCCAGAAAGAGAUGGCCAGCGGCAAGACGCUCGACGAGACGGGUGCAGGUCGGGAAGUGCAGACAGACAUGGCGGCACUGACGAAGAAGCACGAAAAAGAGAUGAACAGUCUUCGCCAGGAACUGCAAGAUGCUAAAGACAAGCAUGAUUCGAGCGCCAUUGAAGAGAUCAACCAGCUUCGCACUGAGCUGGCGGACAAGAUCCGGAGCGAUGAGGAGGCUCGCAAGAGCAUGCAGGUUGAUAUGGAGACACUGAGAGCACAGCGGGAGGAAGAGUUGCAGCGACAGCGCGAUGAGGCCCAUCAGAGAGAGCUGGACCACCAGAAAGAGAUGGCAGAUGCCCAGAUGAAGCUGAUGGCGAUUAAGCAUGAGAAUGAGGCAGAAGCCCAAAGACUGCAGCUCCAAGUCCACAUGGCGCAGAUGGAAGCCGAGGCUGCCAAACGGGAUAGAGAACGGGCGGAGCGGGAGAGGGACUCGCAGGGGGGGUGUAUAGUCAUGUAG